AGAGAGGCGAACAAGGAGAUAAAUGAUACUGAAGUGAAGAAGGAAUGAGAACUGCCAAUUUAGAGAUUAGCAAGAUGAUGGACUCCAGUGAUAACCAGUUUAAUCCAGAAGAUAUGGAAGACCUCCCAUUCGACAUAUCUUUCUACGAAUACACUUUUGGGAACGAAACUGACUUUCCGAACAUCACCAUUCCAGAUAUUGAUUUCCGCGGAAAUGGUUCUAUGAGGAUUGAUCGUUUGAUAGCUAUUAUUCUUUGUAUUGUUGCUAUCAUUGCCAAUGCUGUUUCUUUGUUUGCAAUAAUGCAAUUCAAAGGUACAUUCACGGCCAAUAAGCAAUUGGUUACUAGCCUGCUCAUGUCAGAUCUAUUUAUCAGUCUCUGCUUUUUGACUGCAUCUCUCACCAACAACAAUAACUUCAUGUUUCCAGUAGAAGGUGAAGAUGAAGGUAAAUCAAUUUGUAUCUAUGCCGUUGUUGAGGCGUUAAUGAUCAGUGGACAGUUGACCAACUUGCUGAACUUAGCAGCAAUGGCUCUUGAUCAUUACAUUGCUAUUAAUAUUCCACUGAAGCAUUCUUAUUUAAUGGACAGACGUCAUGUUGGAAUAUUAAUUGCUGGAGUGUGGGUGCUUGGUUCAUUGUGUGGUUUCUCCGAUUUUCUUUUACCUUUCACACCUUUGUACAAGAACUGCAGGAAUCAGAAAUUUUUGAAUUAUUGUGACACGAUUAAGUGUACUAUGUUUGAACCAAACUUCGUUUUAUUCGCUGUUGUCAUUUUGUGCCUCUUUGAAAUGGUUUUCCUUUAUAGCCAAGUAUUCAUAACUAUUUAUAAGUAUCCUCAACUGCAAACUCGUCAUGCACCAAAUAUACGCCGUAACAACAAAGGUCUCGUUACCACAAUCAUUAUACUGCUAUCCUACAUAAUCUGUUGGUUGCCGUACUGUUUAAUGGAGUUGACUAUGACUAUCGUUAGUGCUACAAACUUACCAGAUAUGAUAAAUUACUACCAGAUAUCACAAAAAGCUCAGUAUUAUCUAUAUAAUCUAAUUGCACUGAACUCUAUAUUUGAUCCGCUCAUUUACGCGAUACGUAUGCCUGACAUGCAAAAUAGCUAUCGUCGCCUAUUACGUAUGUGCAAAUGUAAAAAGCGAAAACCUGGCAUGCAUCAUAUUUCCAUGAUGGACCGAAAGUCAACGACAUCAGGUACUGUAAUCGUAGACAAUGCCACAGAAACCGGUGUUUGAUUAAUAUCAUCUUCAUUAAAGGGCUUUAUAGUCAUAUUUAAUAUAAUUCGAAUUCAAUCCAUGAAACCUUAUUUUCUGACAGUAAAGGUUUAUGUUCAGCAUGUAGCUUAUUGUAUUCACUGCCUUCGUAUUCGAACAGAAUACAAGGACGUGAAAAAAUAACUACUAAAAUUGAAAUCAUCCGAAUAUAAUCCGAGCGAUUUAUAACUGAGAAGAAUCCUAAAUUAGAUGAAAUCUUCAAGAAGAAAGGUAUAAAAUUGGAUGAAACUAACUUCAAUUAAAAUUAAAAUAAAUUUUACAAACAUCAUAUACAGUGUCCGGCGGCAGAUAUAUCUUCGUUGAACGAAAAAUAAUCUGUAUUUUAUAUAAACAAUCCCGGUAUAUUCUAUGGUGAAUUCUGGGCAGAUGUAAGAUUUUACAGUAAUGAUUGUCUGGCAAACCACAACUGGCUCGCAGCACAAUUUUAAAUGCUUGCAAAUUGCCUGAUAGAAUGAGAUGUUACUGUGAAAAUUAGACAGUAAUGAAAAGAAUUCUGGAAGAUACUGGAAAUCUUCCAUAUGGAAAAUAACCAUAAAAUUUCCGAACCAUUUAUUUCAAUUUGCACUGUAAUUCAAGACAAUACAUUUUAUAUUUGAUACUAGAUCUGAGUUUCAGUCGAGGAUACUAAUAAGUGAAAUAGCCUGAAGCUUAACUAAAGAUUAUAGUGAAGCUAAAAUUUGCAUAAAAUUGUAAGUGGAUGUUGUGUAUAGUUAUGUAUAUUUUAUGUAAAUAAAUUUCUACAAAGAGUAAAUCUAAAAUUUAUAUAACGAACUGAAUUGAAAAACAGUUCUAUAACUACUGGGUCAAGUGACCGAAAUAAGUUUUCUACAAAUUUUGUGGUUCACGCUGUAGAUAUUGUUGCUAUGUAUUACACACAAUAUUGCUGUUAUUGUUGUUAUUAUUGUUGUUGAGUUGGAGCUUUCAUUACGUAUUUGUGACCAUUGAAUUUGGCAUUAUUCAUAAUUUUUUAUUCAAACAAGUUUAAAAACAAAGAAAAAAAGUAUUUAUUUCUCUCUGUUGUUGUAUUUUUGUAAUAAUAUGAAACAAAUGGGUGACUUAAUCGGAAAAAUAAAAAAUAAAAAUAAAACCCACAUAUCAUAAA